AUGGCGCCAGGCGACUCGCAAGAAUUCACCGUGUUACGAGAUGACUUCUAUGAUCUGACAAGCUUUCACGCGCCCCAGGACCCGUCGCAGCUCUCACAAUUGCUCAGGCAGCGCGCUGGGGACGCGAGGUCGCUCCAAUUCACCGAUUCCACCGCCACCCAUCCCUCGGCCAGCACCAACGGCGCUGUUACGGCGGAGAUAGCAUUGAAUCCCGAACCCCUCCAGCAGCAGGUACCCGCGCUCCGUCCACCGUGCAAUCCAACGCCCCGACGCGCGCCUCAACCCACGAGAUAUGCGAAACCGAGCCUGCUAACUCACAAGACUGCGCCGACGAGCUCGGGGUUUGUGAGAGAGCGGGAAGGCGGGGAAAAGAUGCAUCGGAGCUUUGCAGGGGCCAUGGACGACGUCCCCGGCGACACGCAGCCGGACAGCCAGAUGUACAAGACCUGGACCAGUGGCAUCUUCGAUCAUGCCAGCAAUAGCGGCACAAAUCCGACUUCGCUUCUCCAGCUGGUCGAGGACGGCGGAGGCACACCCACAGCUGGUUCCAACGGCGUCAAGGCCGUGGGAUUCAGCCCACAGCAGCACAGUCACACGACUACCAGUCCUACUGCCAUUCCCGAGGAUGAUCCCGAGACACAGUUCCGAUUCGACCCUGCGCUUACGAGCCCGCUCAAGUUUGAGACCCCGGCUAUGGCGGGAAAGAAGCGCGAUAGUCAAGGCCAAGUGCUGAGUUCGGCAAUGAAGACAGCGACAACACCUGGUACAACUCUGUCUACUGCCUUUUUUGGGGCUGGUGGCGGGAACGGAGCCAUUGGACAUGCCAUGUCGCUCACGCAGGUCUUCAAUGCCACUCAGGACGGCACCUCCCCCAUCGUGGGCGCUCCGAGCGAUGACCCUGUGUUCCAGCGACCCUCGCCCAAUUUCACAAAUGCACGGCACUCUAGUCCAAUCCAAGCCUUGUCGAGCCCUACGAAAGCUGGCCGCACGGAUCCUCCUUUCAGGUCGUCGAGCGAACCUAGGGCUGAAUAUGUCACGAUUAAGCAGUCACAGGAGCGGCGAGCGCGAGAAACUCUACGCAAAGACGCCACAGUCGCUGCGCAAGAUAGUUGGGGUGAGCCUACAGAGGCACAGAAACAGGCCGCCAUACGUAGGGCAAGGAAGCAAUUUGACAGGGAGGCGGGAAAAUCGUUCGCACUGGUCGCAGCACCAGCUCGACCGACCCCACGAAGAGGCAGGAGAAGCAGUUUACUGUCAGAAACUCCGCAAUAUAAAACUCCGGUAGCUCUCAGGACGUCACGCAGGACCGCCGUUGAUGAACCAACCGUGCUGCUUAGCAAUGAGGACGACGUAGAUGAACUAUCACAACCCACCCCACUGAACGUGGACGGCGGUGAUGAUUCACUGGAUGAACUGUCACAGGGAAUUCCUUCUAGUUCAGUACGCCCCUCCCGAACCCCAACCAUUACUACGCGUCGGAGGAACAGCGCAGACAAUAGGAUCCAAGUCGCAAACACAUCCUCCCAUCCUCGUCGGACGUUACUAGGCCGGGCAGCCCGUACGUCUUCUCUACCUGAAAGUCCUUCCUCAGAACCGCAUCGCGAGUCGCAAUUCAAGGGUGGCGUUCAGCCCUCGCCUAAGUGUCCUUCCCGAUUGAGAAAUAGCGAGGAAUGCGUCACCAUCAUGGAUUCACAGCCUGAUCUAGAGGGUAUACCGCGACCAAAGCCUCUUAUCAUUCCAUCAUCACCUUCUGUAAAUCAAUAUAGCAUUUCUCAAACUGUCAUGGCCACGAAGACUUGCUACACCAGCCAAGUCAUUUCGUCAUCUAUGCCUCCUCUACCUUCGCGAUCUAGCUCACUAGAGCUAGGUGAGAAUCGAGACGGCGAUGACCAAGAAUACGACGAGGAACGUGUGCCUAGCAGUCCGCCGGCAAUUGCUCAUGAAGAUGAAAUCGUUUAUGACGAGCAUUCCGCUGAUGAAGAGGAACACGAGGAAGAGCAUAACGAGGAGGCUGAAGAUGUUGAGGAAGCCGAGGAAGGGGAAGGUGUAAAUGAAAAUGUUGACAUAGAGGACGAUGACGAGGUUCAAAAUACAGGGGAUGGGGGGUUAGCCGAGACACAUGAUGAAGACCAGGAGUUGAUUCCUUCCAGUCAGCCAGAGCAUGAUGACACCAACAGCCCGACGCAUAAGCCUCCCGAGCGUCCUCAAUUCCAGCGCCAAUCUACUGUUCCAGAGUCAGACAUGCCUGAGGAUACUGAGCUGCCCAGCAUUGCUCAGCCCAGAGUUACAGAACAUGUUAUAGAACAUGACAGCAAUCAUAGGGAUGAGUCUGCAGCAGGCGAAAGCGUUGCCCCGAAUCAAACCAACAGCACGGAGCUUUUCCACACUGCUCGUGAGGACCAAACGCCCUCUCAAUUAGACAAUCCCUCGGGUGAAGCCCCCAAAGACGUCGAAGCCUCAAGCAGCGAGCAAGCCCGUCGGUUCCGGUCCCUCACCGACAUUGCAAAUCUACCAGAGACACAGCAAACUACUGACGUCGGCGACAUCGAGAUCCCACAACUAAGCUUCACCGAUGACCUAGAUGACAGUUUCAAUCAAAUGCUCUCCGGGGCUUCCCCUCUCAGGCCAGCGGCCAAGAGGAGGAAGGUUGUCUAUAGCGCAAAAAGGGGCCCAGCGUUCGUGAACCUGGUCAGAGGCUCAGACUCAGCGUCUAAAAUAGCGCCCCCAUCUCCGCUAAUGCAGGUUGAAAAGUCCCGCGAGAAUACCCCACCUUUCACGAACGAACGAGAAGAGGAAGGCGUAUUAGCUCCAGCUCAUGCCCGAGAAGAGGCCAUCUUUGCGAAGCCAGCGACAUUAAAAUCAGAACGACCGUCCGCUUCUCUGCAAAAAACACGGGCGAAGAAUAAAAAGGGGGCAUUGAAGCCAGUUAACAGGUCACGUCUCGCAAAAUCUACACUCGCGCCAAGAUCUUCCUCGCACAUCUCCGAAGUCUCGAACUCACAGUCUAGUUCUCUUAAAAACCCUGGUCACCAGCAUGGUGAUGUCGAAAUGCCAGACGCUGGUGUUCCUAUGGACACUCAUGGUAUCGUCGACGACGCAGGUGCGGAUGAGCCGGAUGAGCUCGCCGGUCCUACACCACCCAAACAUGUUCGAGCAGUUCGGAUUGUCUCAGACCCAGCCGACCGUGGUGAGGCUCCGUCUGGAGAACCACUUGUACCAAACCGAGUCGUUGCUUAUUGGCCAGGAGGCAAGCGGCUCUUCUAUCCUGCUACAUGUCUGGGUCGUGCUGACAACCGCCAUCUGCAAAUACGUUACGAUGAUGGCAAUCUCCAUCACCUAGAGCUUGCGCAUAUUCGCGCGUUUGAUCUUCGUAUUGGCGAUCCGGUCAAAGUGGACGAGAUUGGCAUGAAGAAGCAUCACUACGUCGUUGUCGGUUUCAAGGAUAAAAUCGAUGUCGAGACGGCAGAGGAGUAUCCACUAACCGACCGUCUUGGAUACAUGACCGUUCUAUUGGAGUUGAAACAGAGAGAUAGUCUACUUAACGACGCUACCAAGGACGCCAGCGAGGUUAUCUCAGUGCCCAUGACAAAGGUGUAUCUUACGCAACAGCUGUGGAACAAGUUCCGUGAUCGAGUGUACCACUUCAAUCCGCCCGUCAGUCCCAGCGAAUCCGCUUCCCGAGUCGCGACUCCAUCCGUAACCGGUGACCGCCCUCAUACUCCAUCCAAAUCUCGUCGAAGCACCGCAGGCCCGUCAAUGCUAAAGGACUCGAUAAACCGAGCGGGCUCUGUAUCAUCGUCCAUGAGAACGGGGACUGUAUUCGCGAACAUGGCUUUCGCAAUAACCGCCACGCAAGAUUCCUUGGAUCGAGACAGCAUCGCUAACCUCAUAACCACCAACGGCGGUGAAGUCCUGGAAGAUGGAUUCCACGAGCUCUUCGAAAACAUCGGUAACUCCUCUUCGUUCUCCUCUCCCCCACCCAAACCCAGCAAACUCCACAAUGGCAAAGGCAAAGCAAAACCAAAAUCUAAGCCCUCAACUUCAACCACGACUUCCGAAUCCGGCACCGGCGCCGACGAACUCAUCAUCAAAUCCCGCCACCGCAACCUAGGCUUCGUAGCCCUAAUCUCAGACUCUCAUUCCCGCCGCACGAAAUACAUCCAAGCCCUCGCCCUCAACCUCCCCUGUCUUCACUACCGCUGGAUCUCGGACUCUCUGGCUGCAAACAAAUCCUUGCCUUUCGCACCCUAUCUCCUACCCGCCGGUAUCGCGGGCUACCUCGGCCCCGGCGUCGUGCGGUCCCGGACAAUAGAGUUGUAUAAUCCGUACAGUGAGGAUGCGGAAUUUGCGGGCAGAGUCGGGAGUCGGGAGUUUUUGCUUGCAGGCAUGAGUGUAUUGCUAGUUAUGGGGAAAAUUAAGAAAGAUGUUGAAAGGAAGAAGCCGUAUUUGUUUCUUACACAUGCGCUGGGGCCGAAGGUUGUUGGUCGCUGCGCAGACCUGGGAGCUGCGAGAACGAUGAUAAAAGGUGGGGAGUGGGAUUGGGUGUAUGUUGAUGGUGGGAAGAAGGGGGUGGAGAAUGCGGAGAAGGUGCUGUUUGAGGGGAAGAAAAAUGUUACGUCGACACCUAGUGCGAGUGCACAGGGGAGAAGUAAGAAGAGAAAGAGGGAUGACCCUUCUACGAACAUCGUGCCUACGGUCAGGAGCGGGGUGGUCAGAGGCAAGAAUGUGAAGGUUGUGAGUGAUGAGUUUGUUAUUCAGAGUCUGAUUCUCGGUGCACUGGUGGAGGCGUAAGCUCUGUUAUUGCGCAUUCAGAAUCUGAAUGCACUACUAAAACGGCGGGUGGUAUUUCGGUGUCGGUGUUAAUGGGAACUGUAGGAUGGAUGGUUUAUCUUGGCGAGAGCGUAUGUAUG